GACGGCGAGUUGAGCUCUGCGUAACGCGCUAAUAGCAAGACCAGGCUAAUAGACCGUCGCUACGUGCAGCAGAGAUACUGCAACGAUGAUGCGGUCACUGGUUUUCGCCGCCGCUGCUCUCUCGGCGACAGCCUUCGCACCUGCAAGGCCGAGCACUGCCCUCGCGCCCGUCGCGACGCGCGAAGCCGUCGUGUUGAUGGCCGUGCCGAAGAGCCGAACGUCCAAGAAGAAGACUCGGCAGCGCAAGGCGAACUGGUUCGCGAAGGCGAACAUCCAGCGGGAGCGCGCCUUGACGUUGGGACGGUCCGUGCUCUCGGAGGGCGAGGGCUCCUUCAUCUACAAUCCAGACGAGGAGGAUGAUGACGACGACGACGAGUACGAGGAUGACGACGAGGAGGAAGAGGACGACGAUGAGGAGGACGACGAGGAGUAAGCAGCGAGCCGCUUCGUUCGUGUGUAAUACUAUUCAAUAAUA